AUGUCGCUCACUGAGUUCCAUUACUUCUCAUCACUCCCCUUGGAGCUCCGCCAAGAGAUCUACAGCUUAGCCACGCCACCCCGAUUUGUCGAUGUCCAACGAUUUACUGAGCAAGAUUACGAUGAAUUUGCUGAGCGUAUACGCACAACACCAAACGCCAUUCGCCUGGAUGAGUCUCUGACACACUUCUCCUUCAAUUGGCGAUCUCAGAUUCCGUCUCGGACCAAGCAGCGAACACUUGAGCGCUAUGGCUUUUCGAGCACCAAGUCCCCGUAUCAGCCCUGGAACGUUUCCAAGCUCGCACCUCAAAUCAGUCUUGACUGGCUAAGUGAGAACCCUGGUUAUGCUUGGGAACUUUGUAGGGAAGGCGAAAUGUUUAGCAACGCUCCAAUUCCUGCACUCUUGCAUACGUGCCAUGAAUCUCGAGACCACUUGAUCAAGAGAGGCUAUCAGCUUGCCUUUCGCACACGGUCUCAUGGUCCUCGAACAUGGUUCAAUUUUGAGACGGAUGUCCUAUCCAUCUCCCAAGGAGACGAUUGGGGUACGAAGCAUCGAAUACUUAGUGGCUGUGCGUGGGAUAUCGGCCAAUUCCAUCCCAUCGACAUGCAAAAAGUCAAAAGAAUCGCCUUGGACAACUCUACAGGCUCGCUUUAUCUCUCACAUCCCAGUUUUUCCGAGGGCAAUUACAAGUUCUCUGAUCUUUCAUCUGUAGUACGACUCUUCCAGCAUCUCAAGGAGCUACUCCUGGUAGAAUGGACAGACUUCUACAUGGACGAAAUCCGCCCAUGGAAUACCUCAACCGCCAAGGGGCAGAAACGACACAGCUACGACACAGAAUAUCUUUGGAGAUAUCAACCCGUCAGUGAGGUUGAUGCAUCUCUGCAAAUGUUUCCGCCUGAGGGCUAUUCAAAUACCUUGGUAGUCGCAUGCAUCGGGCCGUACGGAGAACUUCUCAAGCAUCACAAGACGCUACAAAGAAAUGAGUACUUCGAGAUAGUUCAGAACUCUCUACAAGAUAAGCUUAUUAAGAACCGGAACUCUGCGGUUUCAAGACACAAGCCGGAUGUGGACUUAUGGUGGGAGAUACCGAAAGUCACCGCCGUGCAUCUCAUGUCAAACUGGGGACACGAACAUCUUGGCCGGGCUCGGGAGGAGGCCCUGAGUCGGGCUUAUGAGCUUCGACAGAAGUGGCUGGCUGAGGAGAAACGACGCUAUGACCCCUUAACACAUGGACAAGUAGACGACUUUGAGGCGGAUGAAGAGGCACUCAACCUCGUUUUAGAGGCAGAGGAUCCCUUUGAGGCGCAACGGACAUGGUGGAUUCGGCAAUGGAUAAUCCCUUUUAUUAAUUAG